GUGCAGAGGCAGGCCAGAGGUCAAAAGUGCAAACGCAGAGCUGCUCGCGGAGUGCAUCGCCUGGGUGGCAAGGUCAAAUGCGACGGAGCCAAUCGAUAGCCGCAUCCGUGGCUUGUUUUGGGUGCCCGAUAGGCAGCGGAGAGGCAGGUGGGGGCUGGCAUCUCGCCUCCUAUAUACAUACCUAUACAUAAGUACAUACAUUUCACAAGCUGAUAAGCAGCGCGAGCGAGAGAGAGCGCGCGUCAGCUGUUCAAUGUUUUGGCUGUGUGCGGCGCACAGGUUUUGCCUGGGUCGCAGCUUCGUUCUUCGAUCAGUUCCGUUUGCGGACUGGAACCGCUCGCUCUGCUCUCCUCCGCCCACUCCACCGCCCACCGCCGGUCCCAACCGCGUGUACUAAUCGGAACUAGGCGCUACAAGCGGCCACUGACGUCUCGCUCUGACGUCCGUACCCCCACCACCCCCAGUGUACGCCUGUGUGUGUGUGUGCGAUUAUUGUUAUUAUUGUGCUUUGUGACGCAUAUAACGGCAAAAAAGCGGGGCGUGUUUUGCCAUUAGAGAGCUUCCCUCGGGAAAAAGCGCCAAUCGGACAGGUGUCGCGAAUGAAAAGCUCAAGCUGUCGGUCGUCGUAGUAAACAAAUCGGAGAUUCAUAAUCUCUGUCCAAGAAGCGCGUCAAUUAGCAAAAUUAAUCAAGAUAUCCCGAAUCCGCGGAGUAUUAUUAAACGUGCUAAACACUAAACAUCCGCUUACAUCUCAUUUGACCCGCGAAUUCGUUUACAGAGCGAUGGAAAAUCCCCAACCACACGGAAAAAGGGCCAGCGCCAGCAUUUAAUUGCCAUUGCUACGCCAGAGAGACAUUAAAAAACCAUUAAAUGUGCCCAGUCACCAUCAAUAAAAUUGUUUCGAGCUCAAGAGUGAAGUAUUUGCAUAGACAAACCCCCGGCAGCCGGUGAAAAUGAUGCUGAAUAAAUACGAGGGUUACCAACGCACAAGCCAAAUGUUUCCCCAUCAGCAGCAGCAGCAGCAUCAGUUGCCCCAGCUGCAACAGCUGCCCCAGCAGCAGCAGCAGCUGCCCCAGAACUUCCCGCACCUGCAGUACGGAUCCUCCGCCGAUGCAACGGCCGAUCUUCUCAAGGCGGAGCGGGAGUCCAUACACUCCGGCCAGUUCAUGGUCUCGCACUUCGAAGCCGAGGAGGCGCAGGACGACCUCGAGGACGACGGCGAGGUGAAGAUGCUGGAUCCCGAGGACCCCGAGCUGGGCAAGCCGGGCGAACCGACCAACACGUGCCGCGACGUCCAGCUGUACGUGCCCCAGACGGUGGCCCACUUCAGCGCCAUGGACCAGGAGGGCGACGAGAGCAGCAUGAGCAUGGUGACCUCUCAUUUGGAGAUCGAGACCUCGCUCACCAAGCUCUUCAAGUGCAUGAACCUGGCCUACAGUCAAAAACUCACCUCGCCCAAAUGGAAUCAUUUCAAAGGUGUACGACUACGUUGGAAGGACAAAAUACGUCUCAACAAUGUCAUAUGGCGCUGCUGGCACAUGCAAUUCAUACAAAAGCGCAGAACCCCGGUGUGUCAAUUCGCGUCGCCGCUGGACGUUGACAUACAUAGUAAUCCUCAAACUGUUGUUCUUGAAGGCAAGUACUGGAAACGUCACUCAGCUGUGAUCAAAGCUGAAUAUAGAAAAUGGCGCAGGAACUAUAGAUCGAAGGCUACAGGCUGUUUAACAUACGAUUCGAAAAGCGAGUUGGACUUUUUGGAAUGGUCGCCGUUAAACGAUAGGAACUUAAUGCCAGACGACUGGACAACGGACACCUUGUUUUCGGCAAUUAAUGUUCCCUUUCCAUUUCCUGAUUCCAGGGAAAUUGCACGCGGCGCGGGCAUUGCGGACUUCAUACAGCCCAGUCUGGGGCCUUUGCAACCGAAUUUAGAUGAUAUCGACAUUACCUUCUCAGACCUAAUUCCCACCACUCGCUUGCCACCUGUUCCGGAAGAGGGAACCGAUGCUGAGAUGCUCAAGAACGACGAGUACUGUCUGUCGGCGAUUGUCGGCGCACCGCAUACGCUCUACUGCAAUGACAGCAUAAUGGAUGUGGUAAACAGCAGCAGCAACAGUGGCUCCGGAAAUGUGGAUGCAAGCAUGCUGGAGCUCAAUACACCCAUUAACAACAUGACGUACGGUGAGGUGGAGCAGCGAUUCUCUGUGGCGCGACAAGUGCAGCAAUCCGCCAAUGAUUCUCAGCUUCUCGGGGACUCGAGCUCAAUGUCCAGUCGGCUGCAUGGCGGUAAGCACUUUGGGGCCAUCGUCAACGACAACCGGUGCGUGAUUAACGGUCGCGUGGCCAAGAACACACAGCGUCCCUUCCGACGGGAGCCUCACAACUACGACAAGGCGCAGCCAACCAUGCACCAGACCAAUCUCUACCAGCAGAUGCUGGCCGAGCAGCAAAAGAACCAGCAGCAGCAGCAACACGUUGUCGGUGGCGUAGUGCUGCAGUCUUCCUUUCAGACGCCGCAACAACAACAGCAACAGCAGCAGCAACUCACGCAACAGCAACAUUUUCCCACACAGCAGACAAACGCCUUCAAUAACCAGAGCUUCUUGAACAGCUACACGGACAACUACCAGCAGCAGCAACAGCAACAGCAGCAACUGAACGUUAAGGUGGAGCCAUUGCAUGCCGAUGUGCUGUCCUUGCUGGGCGACAGUGGCUACAACUCCAUUGGCUACAAGCCGUAUCCGCAGUUCAAGAAGUCCGCUUCGACGGGAACUUUUCUUAAUGUUCCCCGGCUGCCGCAGCAGCAGCAACAGAGUUAUCUGCCACAGGAGCCACCGCAAAUGCAACAGUCGCUGCCUUUGGGUCUGAGUACUCAGCAACUUUUGCAGCUUUCGCGACAGCAGCAGGCUUCUAACGUUCAACAACAGCAACAACAAUCCACCGUGGCUAGUUUACUGCAGCAGCAACAUCAGCAGCAGCAGCAGCAACAUCAGCAAACCGCUGUCAGCACAGCCACUUGGGUGUCGCCGAAUACAAUUUUGCCAAAAGAAAUCCAUCGCUCCAACAGCUUGCCUCUGAAUGUGUCCCUGAAUAAGCUACCCGAUGUCCGGCAGCACAUCCAUGAGCAGCAGCCCUUUGCAGUGCCCAAAUAUCAUGCCAAGGGCAAGUCGCGGGUGCGCAGCAAUUCGAUGCACCAGCAGCACACUUCGGUGGUGUCUGCCGCCGGAGCGGGAAGCUCUUCGUUAAGCGCCCACAGCUGCAGCAAUCUGUUGGUCACGCAGCAGCAAAUGCAGCAGGCGACCAGCGAUCCGAUGCUUAAUAGCACCCUGGCACAGUUGCUCACUUCGAAUUCACGUUUGCAAACAGCCGUGGCGAACAGUUCGCCCUCGAAUUCAUCUUCCGUCAGUGCCAUUGCCACCGCUAGCAACAACAGCAACGUGUCGCCUGCUCUUUACGCCAAUGUCACAACGCCGCUGUCGGUUCCGUUGGCAACGCAGCAACACUCACCAAAGAAGUCCGCCUCCUUGCCCAUGGCCAUCAAUCCUGCAUUGCACAGUCCCCCCGGCGGGAGCAAAAUGCACAGCUUUGGGCCUUCGUCGGCAAACCUGGGCAGUAAUAGCCUGAGUUUGUCGCCGGACUCGCCGUUCCACGACUCGCAGGAUUCCCCCGUGUCGCCUACGGCCAGCUUGAAGUACCAGCCGAGGGACACCCAGCGACGGGCGGGCCACAUCCAUGCGGAGCAAAAGCGACGAUACAACAUCAAGAACGGGUUUGAUACCCUGCACGCGCUCAUCCCACAGCUUCAACAGAAUCCCAACGCCAAGUUGAGCAAGGCGGCCAUGCUGCAGAAGGGAGCGGAUCACAUAAAACAACUGCGACAGGAGCGCAAUGUCCUGAAGGAUAAGAUUGAGGCUCUGCGAAUGGAGCGGGACGAGCUAAACAAUUCGCUGACGCAUCUUCACUCCAUUUUGCCCGCAAACGGAGCGCCUGUGACGAGGCAAGGUACGGAGCAUGUUCGGCAGCUAUACGAGAUCUAUGUGCGGUACAAUACGAUGAACGAUUGGAAGUUUUGGAUUUUGGGUCUCAUCCUGGAGCCCUUGCUUGCCUCCUACACGUCAACAGUCUCGAGUGCUAGUCUAGAUGAACUACGACGGACCGCGUUCCUCUGGGUCGAUCAGCACUGUUCCCUUAUUGAUCUGCGACCCGCCGUUACGAAUAAAUUGAAGUACCUAUCUAUGCAUACGGAUAUUGUGUCGGAGCCACCCAGCACAUUGCAGGAGGAGGUAGCCAAGGCCCUCCAGAACUCAAGUGGCCAGCAUCCCAAUCUACAUGGCCCCUAACCGUCGAUGCUGUUGCCCGUGAUAUGAAUUUAUUUAAUUCAAUCUUUAUUUUAACAAAUAACUUCAACCAAUUGUGCAGCACUAAUUGUACAAAAUGCAAAUUAGGCAGAUUUUUAUACAAAAGAUUGGCAGCCGGUAAUAGAUAGAUACGCAGAGCAGCAAUUAGUGCCUACAAUCUUUGACUUAAGCGUAAAAUAAACUAACGAUUUUACAAGUUUUUGACUUAAA